AUGGGCUCGCUGCUGCUGCUGCUGCUGCUGCAGGCAGUUUGGAAAGGCGCACUGGGAAAAUCCCAUUCGCUGCACACCCGAGGAAUCAUUGAACUGGCAGGAGCUAUCACAUGUGGCACGGGGCGGUCUCCCUUGGCAUAUAUUGGCUAUGGGUGCUACUGCGGACUGGGAGGACAAGGCUGGCCUAAAGAUAAAACAGACUGGUGCUGCCACAGGCACGACUGCUGCUACGACAAGGCGGAGAGAGAGGGCUGCAGCCCCAAGGUGCAGAGAUACCAGUGGGAGUGCAAGGAGAAGGCCGUGCAGUGCGAUAAAGUGACAGACCGAUGUGAAAAAAUGGUGUGCCAGUGCGACCAAGAAGCAGCCAAGUGCUGGGGAGAAGCCCCUUACAACCCACUCUUCAUCCUCUGGCCAAACUUUCUGUGUGGACAGACUCAUCCCACCUGCCACUUCAGCUGCGGGGGGGAAAAGUAGUCUUGUUAGAAGCUUUCCUCUAAUCUGAAGGCACUGGAAUAAAAAUUGUACCUCUUUUCCCUG